AAAGAGGAAAAAAUUAAAGAAGACAAGACGAAAAAGGAGGAGGAAAACACUAAAGAGGAAAAGGCAAAAAAGAAGGAAGAGGAAAAACCAAAAGAGGAGAAACAAGAGGAAAAAGCAAAACAAUUGGAGAACACUGAGAAAGAAGAGGAAAAGUCUGAGGAAAAUCAGCAGAAAGAGGAGGAAAAGGGAAAGAAAAAGGAGAAGGGAAAGAGCAAAGGAAAGAAGGAGGAUAAGGAGGAAUUAAAGCCAAGUAAAGAACAGGUUAAAGCACCGAUUGCAGCUCCAGAACCAGAACUAAAAAUUGAGCCGGACACUGAACAGGCUGCAGAUCAGCAGUCAGUAAGCAGCGCUGAGACUCAGCCCGCUCCAGAAGAGCAAAAGGAAUCAGAGAUAAAGGAAGAGCCCGAAGCAGAAGAAGUGAAAAAGGAGGCUACUGAAAAAACAGAGGAAGCAGCAGAAGAGCAGAAGGCGACUAAAGAGAAAGAAAAAGUAACUGAGCAGGCAAAGAAAGAGAAGCCUUCAAAGGAAAAGAAGACAGAAAAGAAGACGGAGGAGGCUAAAGGCCCCAAACGUCCAAAAACCAUGCAAUGUAAAGUCACCUUACUGGAUGACACUCUGUUUGAGUGUGAGCUUGAUAAACAUGCUAAAGGCCAGGAGCUUCUAAUGAAAGUGUGUGACCAUGUCAACCUGCUGGAGAAGGAUUACUUCGGUCUGGCCAUCUGGGAAACUCCAACCAGCAAGACAUGGUUGGAACCUGUCAAAGAGAUUCGAAAACAGGUUUCAGGUGGCGUCUAUGAGUUUACAUUUAAUGUAAAGUUUUACCCUCCUGAUCCGGCACAGCUUACAGAAGACCUCACCAGAUAUUUCCUGUGUCUUCAGCUCAGGAAGGACAUCAUGCUUGGGGUUCUUCCUUGUUCUUUUGUCACGCUGUCCCUGCUGGGCUCCUACACGGCCCAGUCAGAGCUAGGAGAAUAUGACCCGGAGCUCCAUGGGACUGAUUAUGUGAAAGAUCUAAACCUGGCACCGGGGCAGACCAAGGAGCUGGAGGAAAAAGUGAUGGAGCUGCACCGAACAUACAGGUCAAUGAGUCCAGCCCAAGCAGAUUUGCUGUUUCUGGAAAAUGCCAAGAAACUUGCGAUGUAUGGAGUUGAUCUGCACCAAGCCAAGGAUCUGGAUGGUGUUGACAUCACACUAGGUGUUUGCUCCAGUGGUUUGAUGGUUUACAAGGACAAGCUGAGGAUCAACCGUUUCCCGUGGCCCAAAGUGCUCAAAAUCUCUUACAAACGAAGCAGCUUCUUCAUUAAAAUCAGAGCGUCAGAGCAAGAGCAGUAUGAGAGCACCAUUGGCUUCAAGCUUCCCAACUACAAAGCCUCAAAGAAGCUUUGGAAAGUUUGCGUUGAGCAUCAUACUUUCUUCAGGGUUCCUUCCGUGGAGCCUCCAUCCUCCCGCCGUUUUCUUGUCCUGGGUUCCAAGUUCAGGUAUAGCGGCCGUACUCAAGCCCAAACCCGACAGGCCAGCUCCAUGAUCGACCGGCCAGCCCCUCGCUUCACACGCUCUGCCAGCAAGAGGUUGUCACGUAACUUAGACGGCGCUGGAGAUCAGACUCUCCAGUUUCUGCAGCUACUCUCUGCAUCAUGCAGGUCUGAGGUUGAUGAUUGGUCUUUGUUGAUGGCAGCAGAAACGUCCCGGCCCUCUGCUGAAUUUCCAGCCAGAGGGGAGUCUGAGCAGACUUCCACUCAGUCCUCAGAGGAAGGGCAGCUUGUUCAUUCAGUCACAAUAUCCCGGAAUGGCACUGAGACCACAGACGGCAGCACUCAAAUCAUUGGUGAACAGCAGGGAAUAAAGGAAGGAGAGUGGUUUGACCUUCUGUAUCGGGAACCUUCUGUAGCCGCUGUCCAGACUUUUGAUUUUGUGAAACAGCCAGUCAAACCCAGCUUGGCGUCCUCCUCCUCCUCGGACCGCCUUUAUCAACCUGCACCAUCACAGCAGGACGACUGGUUCCUGUACUUCGACCGAUUCUUAGCCAAGUUUGAAGAAAAGACUCUGUCAUCUCGUAAAACUCAGCCUCAGAUCUUUGUGGAGGAGCUUGUCACAUCAGUAGACAAACAGGAAGACACUACCAAACAAGUCAUUGAAAGACUGCAGAGAUCUGUGGUCUUAAUAGAUGCACUGGCAGAGAUGGAAGAUCUGGAAGAGAAGCUGAAGAAAGUGAGGGACUUGGAGGAAAGACUUGAAGAAACGGGGGAGAUGACGGAGAAGAUUCUGAGGAUGGUUGAAGAUGAUCUGGGGCAGGAAGAGGUGGAAAGGUUAAAGGCGGAAGAGGGUGAUUUGGAUCAGGUGGUAUUAGAGAAAUAUGUGAAGAGGCUGGAGACCAUAGACGAUGAUGAGGAUGAACUGGGAGAGCAGAUCAAGCAGGUUUUUUUCAAAGGUUUGAUCCCAGUAGAGGAAAACGAGCUGAAUCAAUUAGACGAUAGUUUGAAGGAAAAGAUGCAGAAGAUGGAAAGGGAAUGGCUGGAAGAAGUACAGGAAACAUUUGACGCUGCAGGAGUUUCUGGAGCAACUUCUGUUGUGACUCUGAAGAUGGUUGAACACAGAGGCGAGAAGAUGGUGACUGUUAUUGGUGAGGGUGAGAGGUCAGAUGGGAAUUUAGAACAAUUGACUCAGAGGGAGGUUAUAGAGAUGCCCGAUUAUGGAAAUCCACUUCAGAGGGCAAAUGACGAUGAGUGGUACCUGCUUUUUUACCGUCCUCCAACCCAAGUAAUAGCCAGCCCAUCAGAUGAGAGUAAAUAUUUGAGUUCAGUGGAGAAGAGACAGGUAGGAGAAGAGGGAAUUCAGGAACUGCAACGACCGACGCUGAUGGAAAAGGUGGAUGACUGGUUUAUGUUGUUGGCUGGUAUUCCAAGAGAAAGCCCCUACAUAGAACCAGUAACCAUUAAGGAAGCCCAGGUUGAUAAAGAAAGGGUCGUCUCUGUGGUUGAAGUUUCAGAAGAUUACAAAGUUGAGGAGAGGCUGGUAAUACAACAGGCUCCCCAAAGCGAUAAAGAAAUCCAACCUGUGACUCAGAGGGAUGUUGAUAGGUUUGUGUCGCUGGAUGUUCCUUCUAAACAAACUGAAAAUGUACAACCAGGUGUCGUUGGAGUGAGUCUAGCAGGGGGUGUUUCCCAGUCCCAGAUUGAAGCAGUCCCAGCUGUUGAUCUGAGAGAAAAAAGAAUGGAGAUUUUUGUAGAGGAUGCAGAAAUAAAACUAAUACCAAGACAAACUGAAGAUGACUGGUUUGUGCUGUUUGACCUUCCAGAUAGGGGAUCAUCUUUUAUGCAAACAGCUUCAAAGGCUGAGUAUGUUCAGGUUCUUCAUAGAGAAAGCAUGCCAACCAUGCCUGUGACUGAGUUAGAGGAGAGGAGGGAGGUUAUAGUUGAAGAGAUCUCGAUUAAAAAACACACAAAGAAGCUUCCAGAACAGACAAUAUUGCAUCCAGUGAGCAACCGAGAUGAUGAUUGGUAUCUGCUGCUGGACACAAUUCCCAAAGUGAAGCCUUAUGUACCUCCAGUUUUUGUGCCACAAACAUCCAAAGCCAUUCCAAGUGUUUCAGGUGAAGCAAAAAUUGUAGAGCAGAGGUCAUCAUAUCCGAUUAGCCCACAGCCUUUGCAGCCUCUAGAAAAAGAUGACUGGGCCAUUGUGUUUGAGACGCCAGUUAUUGUGCCUACAGUUGCCGCUGCUGAGACUAUGACGUUUAAAGAGACAAAGACGUUUAAAGUCGAGGCAAAAACCACAGAGAUUACAACGUACAAGGAAGCGAGAACCACUGAGAUUAGAGCAGAAGAGGAGGUGAUAAUUGGCACGGCCAGCAGACAAGAUGGUACUGGUUUUUCUGAAAUAAGGCCAAGCCGACCUCCAACUCUAUCAAACCUAGAAGAUGAUUGGCUUGACCUGUUUGACAUUGCUCAAGAGAAACGCAUACUCUCUCCACCAGUUGCUGCGGUUCGGAGGGUUGAAAUACCCGUACCCAGUGAACCAAAACCAAAAGCCGUCAUGGAGGAUUUAAGGGGACCUGCUGUGACUUUAGUCAGCCCGCUACAACCAAAAUCUGUGGAUGAUGAUUGGUUUGAACUGCUUCAUGCAGCAAAAGAACCAGUGGCUGUGAAGCAACUGGACCUCCUUGUUCCUGAAGUCAGAGAGGCUAAAACCUUUGUAGUCCCAGAGCAAAGAAAACAGCAGAGGGUUUCUAUAGUGGAUGAGAAGUGGCAGCAAAAAGAAGCAUUGAAGGAACGUCCACCACAAAAAAAAGUGGAAGAUGAUUGGUUUGUUCUUCUGGAUCGCACUCCAAAGACAUCAGUCGCUGCUCCUGGACGAAGCAGGCUCCCAUCAGAGGUCAGAGCUCCAGCUCCUGUGGCCACAACAAGGACUGAAAUUCCUAAAAAGCCACAAUUUGAGAUGCGGAUCCUGGAAGAAAGGCAGCCUCUCACGCAAACACUUGUCACUGAUGAUUGGUUUGUCCUGCUAGAAUCUGAUGCCAAAAAGUCAGUUGUGAGCUCACAGAGGGGCACACGUCCGGUCAGCGCUCCAGUCUUCUCCCAGGCUGCCCUGGCAGAGGCAGGGAUCCCAAUGGCCCCCUUGGACCAGCCCCAGACCUCCACCCCCAUAAAGACCAGCCGCCUGGAAGAGAGGAAAUUGGAGGUCACAGUGGAAGCAGCAGAGCCUUCAAAAAUGGAGGAUUUGUCUGAGGUCAAGCCAGCAGCAUGGCGGGAGCAGAGGGAGGGAGACUCUUCACUGAUAUCCACCAUCAAUGGGGACAUUCAGCAUGAGUCUAGGACCGAGAGGACAAGCGUGGAGGGGGUGCAAAUGCGAAAGAAAAGAGCUAAGAAAAUUGAGGGUGACUCAAUUUAUAUCAGACAUAGCCUGUUAAUGCUGGAGGAGUUCGAUAAACCUCAGGAGGACCUGCUCCGGCACCAUGCCAGCAUCAGUGAGCUGAAGAGGAACUUCAUGGAGGCUGUGCCAGAGCCUCGGCAGAGUGAAUGGGACAAGCGCCUGUCCACACACUCUCCGUUUCGCACCCUGGGUAUCAAUGGCCAGCCACUGCCCAGUACAGACGGGAGUGUGUGCAUUAGUCCCUCUUGCACAUGUUCAGAAACAAAAACUCAUCAUGAGGAAACCAGCAGUAAUUUGGGGAUCUCUGAGGUACCCGGUCUCUCUGAGAGCGAUCAGAGGGAGCCUGCUGGUGUGGAAGCCUGCGGCGCUGCUGUUGAAGAGAAGCCGUAUGAUCCCGAGGUUGGGGUUUUUCAUACUCACAUGGUGCCCCUUGUAGAGGUGGAAAUGGCACAGCUGGUUCCUCCGGUUGAGUUCUCCUGUAAGGAGUUACACGAGAUCCAGGAGGAAGAAGGAACGUGUCCUGUAGCACCUGAGUGCUGCAGGGGAAUAGUUGGACCUACCCCAGCUUCCUAUUUCCGGAGCGAUGGUCCACAGGUCAUACGCUGCUUCCAGCCCCCUCUGGUGCAGACCCAGACUGUCACCAUCACAGCCGUUCCCAACUCCGUACCCGGUGACAUCUCCACCACAGAGGUCCCCAUCGUCCCCACCAAGACCUUCACCUAUGAGUCUUCAAAGAUGUCAGAUGAAGGGACAGAUGAAGACAAAGAAAGCUCUCUAUCCUCUUCCAAGACCAUUACCUCACAGACGACCAGCGGCACCACUGUUACCACCACUACUACCCAUAUCUCAAAGGUGGUAAAAAGUGGAUCAUCAGAGAGCCGUGUGGAGAAGAGGAUCGUCAUUACAGCAGACUCUGAUGCCGACCAAGAACAGGUCCAGGAGAAACAUGGUGGAGCAUCAGCAUUGUAACAGAGCCCUCCCUCAUCCCUGACUCAGCACCUCCAACAUCCUUUAGACUGCGACACUCUACGCACGCAGUGUCCAAAUCUGUUUGCGCACAAAAGACCUCAGAAAUCUGCUCUAAAAUGACUGCGUAGACUGUUCCUUGUAGAUCCACUUAGUUUGUUUUCUGAUCUGAGCUCUUCACAGUAGGUAGGCGCUGCUCAUUAAAUGCUUCAGAUAUCAUCCUGGUAUUUUAGCGUGAACACUUUUGAUUGGUUGAAAACCAGCCUUUUUUAUCAGCUUUAGUAAUCUCAGUUAUGUUUGCUUUGAAAUGCUUUUAUUGUUUUGUUUUUUUUCAGUGUGGUUUUCUACAGAUGUAGAGCUUCAGUUCAGGAACCGUGAUUAGCAGUGAUUCCCUUGGUGCUACUCUGGGAAAGCGUUAAGAAGACAUUCAUGUGAACUCUUUUUUUUUUUUUUUUUUGUUUUUUUUUUUUUUGUUUACUUGUUAAAUUCAGGAGAGAUUUUUUUUUAUAAUUAUUGUUCAAAUUACAUACCUCACAUUUACAACAUGAACAAAGAUAUUCUGUGCUCAAAUUUGAACAGUUUCUUCGGCUUUGUUCACUGCUCAGGUACGAAAAGUGAUGUCUAAAUCUUUGCUUCCCCAGCCAGCAUGGAACCUGUAGCCUACACCUUCUUGUAAAGUUUAAACUGAAAAAAAAUGAUCUAUUUUCAAAUAUUUCUCUAUUUUGUAAAAGUAUGAUUUUUUUAUAAUAUUUGUAAAGAUUUGAGCUUUUUAAGUUAUUCAUAUCCAUUGGGUUUGUAGGUGACCAGCUGUUUAAAGACAUGUUCUGCCUGAAUCAUUCUUAUUCGUUUUCUCUUGUAGUCCACCAAGUUUACCAGACUCUUCAUCCUUUUACAAACAUGUGCUCCCCUAAACCAUAUUUCUCUCAUUGUCAUACUUUUUACAUACAGUGGCUUCUGGAAAAAGUAAACGCCUCCCUGAAAGGCCAGGUUUUUAAUCACGUUAUUAAAAGUGGGCCUUUGAUUAAAUGUUUUGAAACCUUUAAACCUGAUAUGAAAUAUAUCCAUCUUUAAAAGGUAAUAGUAUGAAGCAUUAAACGGUCCAGCAAAAUGACCCUUUAAAGUUAACACUUUAUUGAAGUACCUGUUGAUUUUUUUUUAUCUCAACAUUUUUUUUUGCUAUAAUUAAUUUUGUUAACCUAUGCAUCAUCUCUUUAAAAAAAAAAAAAGUGUCAUCCUGUUACGACAUGUUUUGUCCACAGCUCACCACAGGUUACCUGACCACAGAUUUUCCUUAUCAGAAUAGGUUUGAUUUUGAUAUAACAUGGAUAGAAUCCAUGUCCAUCAUUAGCUUUUCAGGGUUUGGUAUAUAUAUAUGGUGUAUAUAUAUAUAUAUAUAUAUAUAUAUAUAUAUAUAUAUAUAUAUAUAUAUAUAUCCUCCUAAUGGAUUGUUUUUUUAUAAAGUGAAACCAUUUUGAGGCGAUAUAAAAUCCCUACUGGUUUUGGCUCAAAGCUAAAACAAGGUGAUUAUCAAGAAGAUCCCUUAAGGCCACCCUGAUCUUUCUUUAAUGCAAAUUGGAUUAAAUAGAAUUGAUGGCAAAUGGAAACUCGAGACUAAACACUGAAGUCGAAUCAAAAGGUGCUUCAACAAAGUCUUAGAAUGUAUUCAUCCAGCCAGCCCAUUGCAGCUGUUUUUACGUUUUUUUACUUAAAUUAUACGGGAUAUGUCACAAUAUGUGUGGAUCAAGGUUUCUUACAUUUGAUUGGGGUGUGUUUACUUUUAAGAGCCAUUUGAUUUAGUCUGUAAUGUUUUUGUUUUUUUUCCGCUCUGGUCUGCUUAUCUCAGGUGUUUGACGUUCUAAGACCACAGACCUCCGUAUGAGGAACUGCCAUCGAUGUAUAUCCAUCUCUUGUAAAUGCACAUUCAUAUUGAGUCAAGUGAGGUCAAUGCAAAUCAAACUUCUGUCACUAUUAUCAUACAUGUAAGGGAUGAAGGCAGCUGCCUGAGUAUAUGUGGCUUUUUGUUUUUUCUCUCACAGGAGCACAGGUUGUCAAUUUUUUUAAUGUUCUGCGAUACAGUAAUUUAUUUGUAAAGUCGGAACUGUUUCAUGUGAUUUUGAUGUACUGUGGUGUUUUAACUAGCUUCAAGGCUUCAGGUAGAGACGACAAGUUUUGCAAGUUUGCAAAGCCUUUUGAACCACAUAGUUUUGAGUAGAUUUGCACUUAACCUGUUUUCCUUUGCUUUUUUUCUAUAGAGGAAUGUUUGACUAACUUUUAGACAAUUCUCACUAACAUUUCCCUUUUGUCAUUAGAUCCAGAGUUUGUUGUCUAAUGUAGCUUUAUUCAUUAAAACAUACCCACAAUCUUCUGAUGAAAGAUUUAUUGUUUCCUAAUAAGAAAAUUUUGAUCUUAGACAAAGAAGCUAUUGUCGCUUUGUGAAUUCUCCCUGUCUUUUUAUGAAGAGAAUAAAACAUGCAUUCACUUGCA